UCUCAGGCCGGGACGGAAGAAAACCUGCGGAACCCUUCGGAAAUCCUGGCAGCAAUGAACAUCGCCUCCACCCUACGCCGCGCUCCGAGGUCGGCGGCCGCGCGGGGCCUCCUCGCUGCCUUGAGCGGCCGCGUCCGUCCUACCCACCACCAUCGCGCGGCGUCCGUCUCACCUUUCUCCUCCGUCCCUUCCCCGCAGCUGAGCGCCGCCGCCGAAGCCCAACUCAUCCGGGUCAUCAACUUCGAGAUCUCCUGCGCCCAGAACGACUGCAGGAAACGCGACUGGGCAAAGGAAUUUGGGGGAGGCUUCCCUUUUGAGAUCCAAGAUAAGGAGGGUACCAACAGGAUUACACUCACAAGGAGCCAUCAGAAUGAGCAGAUCGAAGUCGAAGUGCUAUUGCCGAGCCCGGCCAAUGGAGAUGCACAAAAUGGUGAGCGAGAGGACCAAGCUGAAGAUGGCAAACACCGGAGCCACGCCGGUAGUGUUGCCCCAACAUAUUGUAUUCCACUGUUAGUUAGGAUUCACAAAGGGGCAGCCUCAUGCUUGGAGAUUAGUUGUAGCUCUUACCCUAUGCAGCUUGUCGUCGAGAGUUUGGAAUUUGGAUCUAGUGAUGGAUCUGGUGGCUCGUUAAGUGGUGGAAUUGCAUUCAGUGACAUGCCUGAGGAGCUUCAGAAGGCUUUGUAUCCCUACUUGAGAAGUAGGGGCAUCUCGACAGAUAUUACUGAUUUCUUACAUGCCUACAUGAUAAACAAAGAGUGCCAUGAGUAUUUGUCUUGGUUGAGAAGACUCAAAGGUCUCACAAAAAGUUGAAUAGAGUGGAAGUUUAAGUUUCUUCCUUUGGUUUGGUAGUUUGUAGCAUUUGUUUAACCUUUGUUAUGAAUCUUGUGGCCCGAGGAGGCAAAUGCUGUUGCGAACCAUCUUUCUAUUUGGUUAUCAAGAUAAUGCGAGGGGUUGGCUUUUGUAAUAUUUUCUGCUCUGGUGUUGCUAUA